AUGUAUCGGAUUGAGGCACAAGAUGAUUUUCAUGAUUCCGUAUCGAGUUUCACAGUACGUAGACUUUUAUGUUGUGAACGUAACGGUGUUAACACAGAAAUUGAUUUACAAACACAAAUGAAAGUUCUAUAA